CAGCAUUCUGUGCCACGGUUGUGAUGUCACUUGAUGGAACACUGGGUUACAACAGCAUCCAUCCUGUGACUUACAACACACUAGUUCACCCACAAAAUCUGAGAAAUACAUAAGAGGCACAAGUGUUACCUAUGUCAUUUGUUGAUCAUGGCCCAUAACUCUAUGCAGAAGUUUAAGACUCUUCACUCUCCGGCCUCCAGAGAAGAUCAAGAUAACGACUCCAACGCCUGCAAACAUAGGUACGGCACAGUGAAGGACGUCAAAGAUUGGAGGAGCAAAAGGAAGGCCAGCGCCGAUAAGGGUCUAAGGGCCGAUGGUGUUGCACACAACAGUGCCUCUCACAGGGCUUUAGCAGCGGGUGCCAGUGUGAGGGGGAGCAAGUGGAAAACAGACACUAAUGAUCACUGCACAAAGAAAAAGAGAAUGGGUUACAAUGAUACCAGCACCAAUGGGCCCAGCAUUGGAUUUAUUACGGGUAGCCGUGUGACCCACAAUGACACAGACAGUUUCUCAAAGAUACACAACUCUGACUUCAGCCUGAGCAGCAGCUCAUGUUCAUCCUCAGAUGAGGAUAUCAUAUUUGACAUUCCCUUCUCGGUAAAAACCAGCAGAGCUGAAUUUGAAGCCACCUACAUUGAGAUUUACCGGAUUGCUAAAGGUGGUUUUGGAGCCGUGUAUGCAGGCUACCGAAAAGAAGACGUUGUAUCAGUUGCUAUCAAACAUAUUCCAAAAGGAAAGGUCCACUACAGUAGAGUGGUCAAGAACGGAAAGGUGUUUAAGGUCGUUGAGGAAGUCGCCCUCAUGGUGAAAGCAGCAGGUGGAGCUGAAUCAGCUGGGAGCUCUGCAGCCAUCUCCAUACUUGACUGCUACGAUCUGGAGGAGGACCUUGUCCUGGUUAUGGAAAGACCCGUCCCCUCCAUGGAUCUCCACCAGUAUUGCAAGGCCAAAAGAGGCUUCCUGCAGGAAGAUGAGGCUAAGACCGUCCUAAGGCAGAUGGUGGAUGCAGCCGUCGAGAUGCACACAAAUGGAGUCUUUCACAGGGACAUCAAAUUAGAAAACACCCUCAUCGAAAUUGGAUCAAAUGUCCCACGGGCUCGAGUGAUUGAUUUUGGCUGUGGUUGCCUCUCGAUAAAGGGAUAUUACUACAACUACUCUGGUACCUUUUCAAAAGCCCCACCAGAAUGGUUCAUCUUCAAAAGAUACAAAGCCGGUCCCACGACAGUGUGGCAGCUGGGAGCACUAUUAUACGACCUGCUGGAUCACGAUUACUCCUUCAAAACACGUAUUUACCUUGAAAAAGNCCUCUCUCUCUCUCUCUCUCUCUCUCUCUCUCGCGUUCCAGACUGCCAAGAGUUCUUGCAGACGUGUCUGGCCAUUAACCCUCACAGGCGUCCUAACUUAGAGCAGCUCCAUCUCCACCCCUGGCUCAGAUAGUCCAUGCCACACCACCUGCUCAUUUGCCACAUGUGUCCCAUGUAUAAUCCACAAAGUCCAAAUCAA